AUCUCACUCAAAUUCAUUUAAUUCGUAUCGAUUAAUCGUGUCGUAUCGAAGGUUAACAACCCUACAUCUAUGCUUACACCCCAACUAAUCCCGGUGUUUUUGAGGAAGAAGUUUCAAUCCCUAUUAUUGAUUUUUCCUUGCUCACCUCUGCUGUUCCUGAACAGCGCUCCAAAGCCAUACAAGACCUUGACAAAGCCUGUCAAGAAUGGGGCCUCUCCAUGGUGAUCAAUCAUGGUGUACCUGAGUGUCUGCUGAAGGGGAUCAUCGAUGCGAGUACGGAAUUUUUCAAUCUUAAAAAGAAGGAGAAAAAGGAGUUUGCAGGAAAGAAAAGUUUAGACCCAAUCAAGUGCGCCGGAUCAGUUUCUCUAUCCCAACAAACCUAUAGGUUUGAGCGCUCCAAAGCCAUACAAGACCUUGACAAAGCCUGUCAAGAAUGGGGCCUCUCCAUGGUGAUCAAUCAUGGUGUACCUGAGUGUCUGCUGAAGGGGAUCAUCGAUGCGAGUACGGAAUUUUUCAAUCUUAAAAAGAAGGAGAAAAAGGAGUUUGCAGGAAAGAAAAGUUUAGACCCAAUCAAGUGCGGUACAAGCUUGACUACUUCAAACGGCAAAAUUUUCUUGUGGAGAGAUUUUCUAAAGCUCUUUGUGCAGCCGGAUCAGUUUCUCUAUCCCAACAAACCUAUAGGUUUGAGGUACAGAUAUAUUCAUCACAUCCUCUCAUUCACUUAG